AUGACCACAAAAUUCACAAACAUUUAUGUCGAAGCCAACUCAAUCGUCGUAAGCUCCCACAAGGACGAUCUGCUAAUCCGACUCUUUCACGCAAACGCACGAAGCGUCCCCGGCAACGAGCAUUCAAGCUCUCGUGAGGUCCUCUGGGCAGCGUCUGACCGCAUUAGUGAGCCGGACAGUGAUAUGUCGUCUUUCAUCACCUCCAUCGACAUCCUUGUGGCCAAUGUGCUCGCGAAAACACGUCGACACCGACUGCGUCAGAAGAAACCAAGCGAUAUGGAUAAACAAAACCGUGGCGCAGUCGACGAACAGAUCUCAACUGGGAUCAUCUGGUUGGGGCAGCUGGCGGCCAUGAUCAUUUUGAUGUCGAUUGUAGCUGAGCAGGAGCAGCUUGUUUUGCCAGUGGCACAUUGUCAUGACCCACCACAGAAGUUUCUUCGUGGCUUCAUGGCUCAGUGA